CGUGCGAUGAAUGGGCGGGGCCAGCCUCGACGAUCCGCGAUUCGGGGCGGUGCUGCAGGCGGAGGCGAGGCGGGGCCAGGAGGAGCUACCGACGUCCCUGGAGGACCGGAGGUGGGAAGAGUGGGCGAGAGGGAGUCGUUCUGUCCUUUCUCCCAAGCUCGGUGGUUAAGAUGGCGGCUGCGGGGGUUGAGGGGGCGAGUCCGUGACGGCCUGUCCGGAGAACGGCGUCGAGGAGGGGGAAGGAGGCUGAGCGGCUCUGGGAAGUGCCGGGUGCGGCUCCUAAAGCGGGGUAGGGGGCGGAAUGUGAGCAGGAGGAGGAGACGGAGGGCUCUGGCGGGGGCCCAGAACGGGAGGAGAGCGGGGAUGGGCCAGCAGGUGGGCCGCGUCGGCGAGCCGGGUGCCGCUGCGCUUCAACAUCAGCCGCCGCCGCCGCCGCAACAACAGCAGCAGCAGCAGCAACAGCAACAGCCUCUUUCCCAGCCACAGUCUCAACCCAGAGGGCUUCGUGGGAGUAAUAGCAGCGGGAGUAGGCCUGCCAGCCGGAGGCGAGAAACGGCCGCUCCGCGGGCUGCCGACAGCGGCUUCAAUAUCUUCACCCAGCACGGGAAAGAUUGAAGGCAAAUGAGGUCCAGCCAGAAGAAGAACAUGGCUUCAAAAUCUAAGGGACUGGUUUGGACAAAACUCAGCAACACUUUUUCAUGCAGCUGUUGACAAAAAUAGGAUUGCCAGCAUGAUCACCAACAUCUGAUGACGGAUAUGGCACAAGAAGAAGAAGAAGUGGAUAGAGGGAAGUUUACUGUUAAGUCUGCUAUUGCUGCAAGAACAGACCACAGCAUCACUUUUAAGACAUCCGGGCCCUCUAGAAGUGACCCAGCAGCUUAGUUACAACUUGGCUGAAUCUAAUUAAUACUUGAGAGAUGGGUUGUUUUUUUCACUUGGGAAAACCCUGUUGUAAUGAACACUACCCAUGCUGUGUUUUUGCAUUUAAACUGCUUUAAUUGUGCUAGGCAGUAGUCCAAACCUUGAGCAUACAAGCUGUGGCAGGAAAAUUAGUUUUUAUUAUGAUUGGGUUAGCCAUUUCCUUUAUUCUUUUGCUUUUCUGGAAUUGUUCUCAAAAUUUCCCUUAUUUUUAAUUUCUUGUUAUCCAUGAUCCUAGAAUUCUUCUUAUAGUUAGUGGUGCACUUAAUUUUAUGCUAGAAUAAUUUGACAUUAUGUAUUUUUACAGCCUUGUGUGUUGCUGAUGUUUGGUAUACUAUAAGUCAGGGGUGUCAAACUUGUGGGCCACAGGCCAGACGUGUCAUGUGCUAGCUACGGCCACACCCGAUUUAGCAAAGGGGAAAAAAGUCAUGAUACAUCACGUGACAAUGCCGUGAUGACGUGCGUUUGACACCCCUACUAUAAGUCAAGAAUGUUUCGUUGGCUGUUCAUUUUAAUAACAACUGAAAAAUUCUCUAUAUCAAUGUAAUACAAACAUUUAAGCUCUUCCUUCUGAUAUCAUUUCCCCCACCCAAAGGGAAAAGACUGAAAAUGAAAAUAGAUUUUUUGGUCAGCUACAUUUGAAAUUAUUCUUCAGUGGUUUAUUGUUCAGUAUUAUACCUGUGGCCAAGUAAAGUCAGAAAGCUCAAUUUCUUUUU